AUGGGUAUCAAAGGGCUUCAUGGCCUUCUCAAGUCCAUUCAGAAGCCAUGCCACCUGAAGAAGUUCAGUGGGCAAACCCUGGGGGUCGAUGCCUAUGGAUGGCUCCAUCGAGGCACGAUUGCUUGUGCUGUCGACCUAGUUCUCGACAAGCCAACAACGAAGCACAUCGAUUUCGUCCUUAACCGAGUUCGAAUGCUCCUUCACUUCGGAGUUAAGCCCUACCUGAUCUUCGAUGGAGACGAUCUGCCCAGCAAAUCUGGGACCGAGACCGACCGCCAUAAAAGACGUCAGGACAGCAAAGCCCUGGGACUAGAGCUGCAGCGGAAAGGCAGAACGGCUGAAGCGUACCAAGAACUGCAGAAAGCUGUCGACGUAACCCCUUUGAUGGCCCGUCAAUUGAUCGAUGAAUUGAAGAAGAUGAAUGUCCAAUACGUGGUGGCACCAUACGAGGCAGAUGCACAACUGGUUUAUCUGGAGCGGGAGGGCAUAAUCAAUGGCAUUAUAUCCGAAGACUCUGACUUGCUCGUGUUCGGCGCGAAGAGGCUGUUGUCAAAGCUUGAUCAAUAUGGUGAUUGCAUUGAGAUCAACCGAGCGGACUUCACGGCCUGUCGUGAGGUGAGCCUCAUCGGUUGGACAGACGCUGACUUCCGGCACAUGUGCAUCCUGAGUGGCUGCGAUUACUUGCCUAAUAUCGCCCGGAUGGGACUAAAGACGGCCUAUCGGAGCAUCCGAAAAUACAAGAGUGUUGAGAGAGCGUUGCGCAUGUUUCAGUUUGAGGGCCAAUACCAAGUUCCCGCGGACUAUCUCCAGAACUUCAAGCAGGCCGAGCUUACGUUCCUUUACCAGAGGGUGUUUUGUCCGAAAGCCAGAAAGCUGGUGACACUGACUCCGCUCGGAGACGAUGUCAAACUAGAAGAACUUACGUUCAUUGGGGACGAUGUGGAACCGGCCACGGCUGUGGGAGUUGCUCAUGGUGACUUGGACCCGACCACCAAGAGACCGCUCGUGGUAAAGCCCCUGGCAGUGAGACAACUCGCCAACGGCUUGAGUCGCCGACAAACGCUCGGCUCGUCAGCAGAGCUGAAGCCGAAGAAACCAAUCAAUUCAUUUUUCACCCCUAAAAGGGUUCCUUUGGCUGAGCUGGACCCGAACAGUCUCACGCCGUCUCCAAGCCAGCAAAGAUUGCUUGAGCGUCAUGCCAAUAACUCCUGGGCCAGCAACCCUGUGACUCCAAGGUCAGACAACGUGAGAUCGGCACCAUCUCUAAUGCGGCAGUCCUCUAGUCCCAUGGUGAGGAGCGUGGAGCGCAACUCUUUUUUAGCACAUGCCUCGCGAGCGUCUAAUUUACAGCCCGUCAAACGACAACGGCUGUGUUCUGAGGCGGAUGAGGCCACUUUAUCCAACCCACCUGAUUGUCGCAGCCGGUUCUUCGCUUCUGGGCAACAGGAUACUAGCCCAAGUGGGCUUAAGGCGACUCGAACCAAGAAGGCUCGGAAGUCUACUCUGGAUGUCUUCUCCGAUGACAUUGCAGAAGACAUCAUGACACAGCUGCCCGAACCAAAGCAGGAUACCAAAGAUGCUGGUGAUGCGGUCAAGGAUGCCAGGGAAGAUUCCAAAUCUUUACCAGGCCCUGCAAAUCCUCCUGAGGCCGCAGAAAUCACCACCAAGAAGGAUGGUGAUGUUGGGCGCACAGCGACCAGCUCGACCACAGCGCAUUCCCCCGACAAAUCUGUGAGUGUGGAAUUGAAUGCGGAGAUGUUUCAUCAAGUUUUGGACUAUCACGUUGCAAGACAAAAUUCCUCUUUACUCUCCAGGUAUAAUUUUCAGCCUAAUGCAGGUCCCAAGUCAACUAUCAACAACGGGAGCAACCCCCAAAAUACAAGAAGACUUGUUCCAGGAAGAACAGCGUCGCUGAGAAAUGGAAAUGGUGGAACCUCACCCAGGCGCCAGCGCCUGACGCCAUUACAACGUCUGGGUCAGACCGCCCUCGCUCGGUCUCAGUCCAUGAAUUCUAUCUCUCCUUCUGUUACGAAACCAACUCCUCGCACCCUCGGUCGAGCUACCAGCGCUUUGGAAAGUGACGUGGCAUCUCAGAACCCUAUCCUUAAUCCACAAGGCAGUGAAGAUAUGCUGGUCCCGGAUAGCGAAGAUGAAGCCGAUGGAUCGGACGUCGGCGAUCGACCAAAACCGGCUCCAUUGAACCUACAGCAAUUUUCCUUCUCGCCUGGAUAA